CUAAUUAAACUGCGAGGAAGGCACUCCCUGCUGAGCGUCCGUACCAUUCUACUUAAUACAUUACUUUCAUAGUGAUGACUUACUCCAGAAAAAAAAAGCACCGACAAAUUAACUCCACCCUAUCCAGGAGCCGGAGUAGCAGAAGGAUAAAGAAAUAGUAUCUGCUGCCAUUUGGCCUUCACGUGAAAACAGCAGACUGUGUCUCAGGCACUUGGCUGGAAGUUGAAUUGAGGGGAAGUGGAAUCAGUUUUCCUGAGCUAAUUUCUCAUUUGCUGACAUUACAGAACUAUCCAGCUCAGGCUGUUUGUUUUCUUUCUUUUUUGAGAAGUUGUCUGUUUUUGCUUUAAGUGCACUUAAACUGUAAUCCCGUCUCCAGUGAGUUACACUGAAACCAUGGGCUCAGAAGCUGAGGAAUCAAAAGAAGUGGCCACAGAUGUCUUCAGUUCCAAGAGCCUGGCAGUUCAGGCUCAGAAGAAGAUACUGGGGAAAAUGGCCUCCAAGUCGAUCGCUACAAUACUGAUAGACGACACCAGCAGUGAGGUCCUGGAUGAGCUGUACAGAGUAACCAGAGAGUUCACGCAAAACAAAAAGGAGGCGGAGAAGAUCACCAAAAACCUCAUCAAGAUAGUCAUCAAACUGGCCGUUCUUUUCAGGAACAACCAGUUCAACCAAGAGGAGCUCGAACUCAUGGAGAAGUUUAAGAAAAAAGUCCAUGGGUUGGCCAUGACUGUCGUCAGUUUCCACCAAGUUGAUUUUACUUUUGACCGGAAUGUUUUGUCCAAACUUUUGAAUGAAUGCAGGGAGUUACUCCACCAGGUUAUCAAUCGCCAUCUAACAGUAAAAUCCCAUGGGCGAGUCAAUAGUGUCUUUGAUCAUUUCUCAGAUUGCGAGUUUCUUGCUGUUUUGUACAACCCCUUUGGACCUUACAAACCCCAUUUGCUGAAACUCUGUGAUGGUGUCAACAAAAUGCUAGACGAGGGGCACAUAUGAGCACUUCCUAUAUUUUCUACGGAUUUACUUUUCUUGCAUAAGUAACACUGCAGACUUAUGAGAGAGUAAGGGACAUUUGCAGGAAAUAAAGUACAUGUAUUCUGUGCACAGUCAGAAUUGAUCACUUGCUGUAUUUUUCUUUGUGAUGAGGUUAUAUAUGCUAAUGUGUGUAUUGUUGUGCAGAAGCAUGAAUGCCUUUGCUGUGCUAUGCUGAAAAGAUAUAUAUUUUACUGCAUUGCUUUAACAGUGGUUUAGACUGGGGGUCUUGGCUGACUAGCACUGAGGAAAACUGGUCAAACUUGACUCGUAAUCCAUCAAAAACAUAAAGUACCAAAAAUUAACACGCCUCAGUAUUACUGUACAGUUUAAUUUGCCCUGUCUUACAGAUGGUUAGAUUUUGUGUCCUGCUAAAUCUAAAACAGUACAUUGUUGUGUAAUAUUCAUUAUGAUUCCAAAAUUCUAUUUUGUUGUUACAAACUUAAAUAUUUAUAAAGAGUUUUAAUAAUACAUUCCUUUUAUAAGUACUCGGGAUUUGAAACUUGUUGACCUCCAUCUGUUGAAUGUGGAAAGCAAAUACUGUAUGAUGCAAUAAAACAAGUACAAAAACCA